AUGGAGGUGGAGGAGGAGGAAAGACGCUCUCCACACGAUCAUGUGGAUCGGUGUGUUCCCGAGAGCUUCUUUGAUCGCGUAACGCAAGGGUUACGCGACGAUCUCGAACAUGAGCGGAAUAGGCGUCUCCAAAUGGCGGACACUGCCUCGAAGCAUCGAGCUGAGUUUGCCUUUGCUCAGCUUGAGAACGAGAGAUCUCUGACAUCUCUUCGUGACGAGCUAAGGGUAGCUCGUGGGAUUGUUGAUCGGUCUCGGGAUGAGGUAGCUGCUCUUCAGACCCUUGUUGAUGCCCACCAUCGGGAGCACAAGGCUUUCUGCGAGAUGCUUGAGCGCAAGGGCAUUCUUCAUCGGAAGAAGCAGCGUACUGAUGGUACGGCUUAA